GCUAAACGAACUUCCGCCUCAGCUGUGGCGCCAUAUUCAGAUUGAACUCAGAGUUGGCGGGAGAUGUGUUGCUCCUGCGGCUGAUGUUGCUCCAGUACGGGUCGGAUGAAAAUUAUUAUUUGCCUCAGUUUUAAUUUCAAGUUGUAUCUUAUUAAUCACUAAGCGAAAAACAUGGAGGAGUUCGCUGUGUAUGCGGUUUUUGGACCAGACGAAGCGCCGCAGCAGAUUGCAAAUCUUUGUGGACAUGGAGGCAGAUGGGCAGUAAAGCCAGGUGUCCAGCAGAUUGUACUGUUUACUAGAGGAAGAUGGGGAAAGUGCAGUAGUGUUUCAGUUGAACUCAGUGAUGAGAAAGACAUGCUUAUCACUCUGGGCAAAUUAACACCUUUCAACAAAUGUGUUUCUUGGGAGUUAGGGGAAGAUGGUGUAUGGAGUGAUGGAGCGACAUUAAAUGUUCAUAUCGAGGGGGUUACAAGUGAGUUGCUUGAUCCAGCACUUACCAUUGCACAAAAGGAAUACACUCCAGAGUGCAGCACCACAACUGCGGUACGUAAAGCAGGGCUGGGCAAGAGGAAACGGUCGCAAGGAGAGGAAGAAGAGGGAGAGGACACAAAAGGACAAGAGAAUAUUUGCCCAAACUCUUCAGAAAAGGUAACACCACAGCGGCGAGGCAGGAGCAAUCCCCGCACAGGACAAACACGGCUGUUCCAGCAAGAAGAAAAGCAGAGCGCCACCCGUACCCCUCCGAACCCUAAAGCUAAAGGAAAACAACAAAUGAAAACCCCUACGCAGACUGACAGUCCAUCAGGCCGGUGGGGUCAGACCCUCUGUCCUAUUGACCCUCAGACAGCCAUACUUAUUGGAGGACAAGGUGCCAGAAUGCAGCUCUGCAAGGAUCCCAUUUGGAAGCUGUGUACAGAGGACUUGUCAUGGGUCCCUGCUGAAACUCUGGCAGAGGGCCCCACACCAGAGGCUCGGAUUGGCCACACAGCAACUUAUGACCCUGAAUCAAAGCGGAUCUUUGUGUUUGGUGGCUCCAAACAUAAGAAAUGGUUCAAUGACGUCCAUAUUUUAGACACACAGAGCUGGCGCUGGACUAUGGUGGAGGCACAAGGUAAAGUUCCUCCUCUGGCCUAUCACAGCUGCUCUCUGUUCAGGGGAGAGCUUUUUGUGUUUGGAGGCGUGUUCCCUCGUCCCCAUCCAGAGCCUGAUGGCUGCAGUGACUCCCUCUACAUUUUCAACCCUGAAAUGACCAUCUGGUAUCAGCCCAUUGUUAAUGGAGACAAGCCUUCUCCACGCUCUGGGCAUUCAGCUUGUGUGAUGCAGGGGAACAUCUUUAUUUUUGGAGGCUGGGACACACCAGUCUGCUUCAAUGACAUGUUCAAGCUUGAUCUGUGCCUUAUGGAGUUUUUGCCUGUGCAGACGAGUGGAUCAGCCCCCUCACCACGGAGCUGGCAUGGCUGUGCUGUUCUGUCUGAGUCAUGUUUCUUGGUCUAUGGAGGCUACAAUGGAAACGAUGCAUUGAGUGACACAUUUAUAUUCAACACAGACACAAAUUGCUGGACUUCUUUGGCAUGUAGUCAGCUGACCUCAACACCAAGAGCUGGACACUCCAUCAUCACCAUGGCAACAGCAUGCGUGAAGGGUUCCUCUGAUGAUCAAGAGCAGGUUGCUGAGUCUCAAACAUUGCUCAUAUUUGGAGGAGGGAACAACGAAGGCAGCUUCUUCUCUGACUUGAUCACUGUGCCAGUGAAGGAGCUGUGUGAAUGAGACUCAGUGCUUUGGUGAAGGGACUAUGAGAUUAAAUAGAUGCCUGUCUUUUAUAUUUCAAAGAUUUUAUAUUAUGUUUUUGUUGCAGAAGUUUCAUGAUGUCUUAAAUGGAAAUUGUUAGCAUUGGGCCUAUGCUGACUUGGCAUUUAAUCCAAACAUAAAGGCUUGAACUUUUAUUUGCGAAUAAAAGUGAGACAUUGUGUGAAAAUGUUUUAAAGGUGUAUAUUAUCAUUAAAAUGUCUACACUAUACAUAGAAA